AUGGCAUCCUGUCUAGCUCUGCGCGUGGCCUUGCUGCUCCUCUCUGGGGUCCUGGUCCCUGCUGUGCUCACAGCCGAGGGCCCGCAGGAGCCUGCGCCAACGCUUUGGAACGAGCCCGCCGAGCUGCCUUCGGGAGAAGGACCCUUAGAGAGCACGAGCCCCGCCAGGGAGCCCGCGGCCACCGGCGCUCCGGCCGCCACCGGCGCUCCAGGCCCGGAGGACAGCACCUCGAGGGACCGGCUGGACCAGGGAAGCGGCGCCCUGGGGCCCGGCGCCAUUGCCGCAAUCGUCAUCGCUGCUCUGCUGGCCACCUGCGUGGUGCUGGCUCUCGUGGUCGUCGCGCUGAGGAAGUUUUCCGCCUCCUGA